UAGCAGGAGGAAAGAGGGUGUGUAGCUUGUGUCUAUGCAUUACCUGCCUCUCUACACCUUCAGAUCUGCAGCAGAGGAAGGGGAAGCAUUUUCUCCUUGAUUCCCAAGACUCCUCGGAAGAAUUCCAGGCUGUGCCAGACAUUGAGCCCAGGACAGGAUGUUCACAUGGUAGGUGCUUAGCCAAGAAACAAGAUGAGCGCCACGUCGUGGUUCCUGGUGAGCAGCUCAGGCACUCGCCACCGGCUGCCUCGGGAGAUGAUCUUCGUUGGCCGAGAGGAUUGCGAGCUCAUGCUCCAGUCCCGCAGUGUGGAUAAACAGCACGCCGUCAUCAACUAUGACAAGGAAAAGGACGAGCAUCGCGUGAAGGACCUCGGGAGCCUGAAUGGAACAUUUGUGAAUGACGUGAGGAUACCAGACCAGAGAUACAUAACCCUUAAACUCAAUGAUGUCAUCCGCUUUGGCUACGAUUUUAAUAUGUACGUGUUGGAACAGAUUCAGCAUAAGGUCCCAGAGGAGGCAUUAAAGCAUGAGAAAUACACCAGCCAACUUCAAAUGAGUUUAAAGACACCAAAAACAUCAAGGCCGGAGCAAAGCAAGGAACCACCACCCCAUGUGGACUCCAUGCUAGGGAAACAGGAAAAGGCUGACAAGAAAGCGCCCAGUGGUGAACCUUCGAUAUAUCGCACACCACUAUAUGGUCAGCCAUCUUGGUGGGGAGAUGAUGACGCUAAUAACAAGCAUGAGAAAUCUGAAGGUAAGAGGCUAGAAGAUCACUAUCCAAUCAACAGAAAGAAAUGUCUCAACAUGACUGAAGAAAUGAACGGUAACUUAGGAUACAAAGAUUCUGCUGACCAAUCGCUUUACUCAUUCCGAAGAGAACCAAGCUACUUUGAAAUUCCUACGAAAGACUUUCAGCAACCAGCCAAAUCUCCAGAGACUCAAGUCCAUGAAAUCCCUACUAAAGACACAGACACCACUACUCCCCCCGUGGUGCAGAGCCAUGCCUCUUUCACCAUUGAGUUUGAUGACUGUAGACCCGGGAGAAUAAAGAUUAAGGACCACGUCACAAAGUUCUCAAUGAGACAGAAGAAGCCAGGGUUGAAGGAAACAGGCCCAAAUGAAAUGAUGUCUGUUGAAAAUAAAGUAGCUGACUGGUUGGUUCAUAAUGACCCAAGUUUAAUUAGAAGGACAACUCCUGGAGAUGAUGUUUACAGUACGAAGAGUGACCUUGCCAUCCACAUUAGCAAUCUCAAAGGUAACCGACAUGAAGAUGGCACUCAGAGCGAUUCAGAAGAUCCAGCAGGACCUGUUCCAGAAAAGGAGAAUGCAGAGACUGAUCAGGCCAAGCUUCAACGGCAAAUAAAGCGGGAGCCUGAAGAACUGCUGCACAAUCAGCAAGCAUUCGUGAUAGAAUUCUUCGAUGACGAUGCACCUCGAAAAAAGAGGUCUCAGUCCUUCACACAUAGUGCAAAUGGCUCUCAAAAUGAGGCUGAACUUGCCAACAAAGGCAAAAAUGACAAAAAGAAAAGCGUCCUAACUGCAGAAAAGCUGACCACUAAUGGGACAACCACAGCCCCUGUAGUUCCAAAACCACUGGUAAACUCUUCUUUUCCUCAAAGGUCCAAUUCUUUUCGGAGAGAAAAGGGUGAGGAUCGAGUAAAUACUUCUGGCCCUGUAACGGCAAAGCCUCCAGUGAAGAGUUUUGGUAGCAUUGGGAAGAAAUCCAAGUUUGCUCAGGAAUUUGUGGCCGAGUAUUUGCGGGAACAAGCGGAGGUCUUAAAAGAUUCGAUGGAAAAACCUAUGAUGUUGCCAUUGUCAACAAUCAUCACACCACCAGUCAGCCAUCAAGUACAGUCUACCUUAAUGGGGCCAUCAGCUCCACCAUCUGCGACAGAACCGUCUGAAUGUAGACCAGUGAGUGUAAAGAAAACAGAAGAGGAGGACAGCCUUAGUGAUGCGGGGACAUAUACUAUUGAAACAGACAAUCAAGAUAAAGAAGUUGAAGAAGCUAGGAAGAUGAUAGACCAGGUCUUUGGAGUCUUUGAACCUGAGGAGUAUUCCAAAAUUUCUUCUGUGAUCUACAGACCAGUCAUCAAACUAGAGAAGGAAGAAGCCUUUCUUAAUGAAAACAGUAUGAUUCACAAACCUGCAAGUCUGCCAACUAGUCAUUCUGUCAAAAUGAAUAGUGAUCUUCAACCUGAUGUCCAGAGUGGAAAAUCACCUGGCUCCAGUAGAAGUGGACAAAAAUGGGUUUCUAGGUGGGCAAGUCUUGCUGACAGCUAUCCAGAUGCCUCACCGACGUCUCCAUUAGAUGGCCAGAUGAUUGAAUUACUGGCAAAUGAGGAUAUUGACCAUUCCGAAAAUAGCGAAGGAGAUCCUGCAUUCCCUUUAAGGACAAGGCGGCUUCUUCCUCAACUUCCACCAAAUGACAAAUCUGAAAGUCCAACACCAACUAUUUUGCUCUGUACUGAGGCUUACUCGGAAGUUGCUCAGAAAACAUUGAUUGAAAACGAAGUGAAAACUGUCUCCUCAGGUCCAAACAGUCUGCUCUUUAUACAAGAAGAUUUGGAUCCGGACAGCCUUAGCGACACAAGCAAGUCUGAUGAUGGUGUCCUGUCUAGCAGAAAAUCUAACCAACUUCCAACAACUAAGUGGAGGAGAGAGGACCCCAGAAGUCAAGAACAAAGUGUCCAAAGAACAAAUAAACUUUCUAAUGAACCAAAGUCUACUAGCUUUUAUGUUGGAAAUGAAAUCGAGGUUGAAAGUUUAUCCCAUGCCAAUUCCAUGUUAUCCAAUGUAGAGAUGCACAAACCAUAUAAAGCUCAUGAUAUGCACGUAAAGCCAAAAGGAAACCAACAAUCCGUGCAAGAAGCCUCAAUUAUUACAAAAAUAGACAACCAGUUGUUGAAAAAAGAAAAUGGACAAAGCAGAGAUUCGUUUGUUAGGCAAGAAAGUUUUACCAAAGACAAAUCCAGCUGCAACAUCUCUCCCAACAAACUUCCCAACAUCUCCACCCACCCAUUGCUUAAAGAUAUGAAUGUUACAAAGCCGAGCACCGACUACAGUCGAGAGACGCAGCAGAUUCUUAAAGAAACUGAAAAUGCCUUGGCUGCUCUUGAAGCAAAGCUCUUCUCUCAGAAUCAUGUAGAUGAUGAUAUAGAAAAUACGCCUUGUCCGCCAGAUGAUUCCUUGUCCGGUGAUUCAGAUGUGGAUACGGCAAGCACAGUCAGUUUGGUUAGUGACAAGAAUGUACCAAGUCAUCCUCAAAAGAGCAGGGUUGUGGGUCUUCACAAAGAAAAGUCUUCUUCUACAUCUUCCAUACAAGAUCAAUACGGCCAGCCCAGUGCCAGAGACAGACUCUCAGAAAAAAGGAGAGUGGGUCCUGUAGAUGGAGGUAGCAGAAAAGAAGUAACCAAAAGGUUUGAAAUGAAGCGCAGUACUGGAACGCGUGGUUCCUUGGAUUUCACAGAUGAAGAAAGAAGUACUAGUCUUCCUUACAUAUCCAUUCCAGACACCGUAUCUUCAGAUUAUGAAAAUUCCUCCUCAAGAAAUCUGUCAAGGAGGAGACCCUUUGCUCAAUCAACCAAAGAGGAUAUAAGUCGAAUAUCUUCAAAUGCACAGAAAAUCCAGCAAGCUCUUACCCGUUCAAAUAGCCUAUCAACACCCAGGCCGACCAGGGCAUCUAAGUUACGUCGUGCUCGUCUUGGAGAAGCAUCUGAUAAUGAAAGUGCAGACGCAGAAAGACUGAAUGUUAGUUCUGAAGCUUCUUCGUCAGCUAAAAGCAGCAGUGAGUCAAAAAAGCUCUCCCGGCUUGAUAUUCUAGCAAUGCCGAGAAAGAGGACUGGCUCAUUCAAUGUUCCGAGUGACUCCGAGACUUACACUCCGCGUACUGGGUUUUCAGGCCGUAGUGUUGAUCACAGCUUUACAAAUCGAAAGCCAGUAAUGGCAGAAGCUAAACAGCCUGUUAAAAAAACUGUGGUGCCUACACCCAAGCAACCACUAACUAGGGCACGAUCUGGUAGUGUGAAGUACUCUUCUUCUUCCUCUUCAAGACGGAGACAGCAGGGUUCAGAUUAUAUUUCCACAUCUGAGGAGGAAUACGGCUCUAAUCACAGUACUCCUAAACACAAACGAUCCCAUACUUCAACAGCCACACAGACUCCCAGGACACCUAAUGUGCCGGUCCGCCCCCGGCAGAGAACCCUUCAGGAUGAUGAUGACGAUGACCAAGAGGUCUACCAUAACUUCAUGGCCCAGUCAGAAGAAAUAGCUGAAAUUGCCAGAUUGAGUCAAACCCUGGUAAAUGAUGUGGCCAGUUUAGCUAAAGAGAUACAUGAUGUGGCCGGAGAUGGGGAUUCUCAGAGCUCUUCAGGAACAGGACACAGUACCUCUAUAAGUUCUAUACCAAACACGCCAGGGCCAAUCAUAUCUGCAAGAGAAGAGAUUCUUAAAAGAACCUCACAAAGGCCAUACCCAUCACAGCUAGUUCAUCAUAUACCAGAGGCAAGUCUAAAUUAUCAAAAAGUCCCACCAGGCUCCACUGGAUUAAAAGACUUUGAUCAAAGCGUGAACGACAAUCGCGAUGAAGAUCCCAUGAAGAGAAGGGCUAGAAACCGAGAAGAGGUGAUCUUUGACAACCUCAUGCUGAAUCCUGUGUCACAGCUAUCACAUACAAUAUGUUCCAAUACCGAAAUACUCACUGAAAAAAUGAAAGUUCUAUUUUUGAACAAAGAAAAAAGUUGGGAAGAAAUCGAAGCAAAAAUGAACUCUGAAAAUGAAGUGCCAAUACUGAAAACGUCCAACAAGGAAAUCAGUUCUAUUCUGAAAGUUUUGAGAAGAGUUCAGAAACAACUGGAAGUUAUAAAUGCAAUUGUUGACCCAGCCGGACACUUCGAGGUUAUCCCUACUAACAAGAAAAUCCCACCAGUCACUCAAACGUCAGCACCUCAGGCUAGGACUAAUAGCACUGUUUCAAAAAUAGAGUCGCGCCAACCGGUCCGCCUAAGAAAUUACAUACAAAAGUCCAGCUCGGGCUCUUCACGAUCACCGGAAUCCAGCUUUGGUAGAGAUGAAGAAGAUGCUUAUGUUUGAUUGUUUUUUUUUUUUUUUUUUUUUAUAUAUUAUUUAUUUCAUAUUUUUUUUUUUAUAUAUAUAAAUAGCUCCAUAUUGUAACAGUUUAUGUGGCUUCUGGUUAUGGUAUUCUAAGUCCGCGUGCUUGUCUUCAGGACUUUCUGUUCUCACAAAUGCACAAAGUCUGUGUUUUGCAAAUGAAUGUUAAAAUUGUCUCCGAAACUUGCACCGUUGACCAGCUCAUGCUCCUCGCAGAAGCAAAUUUACUUGAAGAUUAUUUUUUAGCGUAGAAUUUUGGUUUGAAAAAAAGUGCCAUAAAUUCAAGACCUGCAUAUUGUAAGUUGUUCACGCUGACGUAUAUAUUUCUUGUACGUAGAUUGCACUUAACGACAAAAAAAUAUGUUUUCCUGGUUAUGUCUGUAAUUUAAAAACUAUAUUAGAGUUAGGUCAAACUAGUACCAAGAAGCUCAUGUGACUGGUCUUUUGCCAAAACGCAUUACCAUAUUACAUUUUUGUAAUGUACGAAGCCUAACAUUUUUUUUCCCAGUAUUUUUUUAUUUUUAGUUUUUUUUACUUAUUGUGAUUCUCAGAUACAUUUUAGACAUUCCCAUUGCAUCAGUGGUGCUGUCUGUAUUUUGUCUGCCAUUCACCCAAUCACAGGACCUGUUAGGCGGAAUGCUUAAGAUUUUAAGUCUUCCAGAUAAGGUUUGUUCCCAUCAGCUGGAACACACUAAUAUAUUGUAAAUGGCAUAGACUGUACUCAUCCUUUUUUUUUUUUUUUCUUUCCUGUUCAUUUAAAUUACAUAUUUGAUCUUAGAACAGUUAUCCAUUUCUUUAAAAAAAAAAAAGUCAAUUGUCACGCACAGUAUCAGGAUUGAGAUAAGAAAGAACACUAAUUGAAAGGGUUUGAGAAACCGUUAUUUAAGGAGUCCGGGAUAAAAAAAAUAAAUAAAAAAAACAGGUCAAAGAGUGAUAUUGCAUAAAAUUCUAAAAAAAUUAAUAAAUAAAAUUACUUACCUGUUAAAUCCCAGAAAGGGACACCAUGUUCAUGUGUAAAAUGUGAUAAAGUUUAUUCAGUGUGUUUGCAAGUUUAAAAAAUUCACAAACUUCAUCCAAUACAUGAGGAUCAAAUUUAGGUCACAGGAGGACCUUUUUCAAAUCCUUUCUGGAGCGAGGUUGUAUCGGGAGCUGUUCCUUUCUGGAGCGAGGUUGUAUCGGGAGCUGUUCCUUUCUGGAGCGAGGUUGUAUCGGGAGCUGUUCCUUUCUGGAGCGAGGUUGUAUCGGGAGCUGUUCCUUUCUGGAGCGAGGUUGUAUCGGGAGCUGGCAGAAGGCACCGCAGUAGGAUGAAGGGUGUGAUGGCUUUCAUUUCUGGCAUUUGAUGGAUUAAGACCGAGAAGACACGUUGUGUGUUACCAUUCUUUACCAACUACUUGGGCCAAGUUCACGUCACCAUUAAACUUUCUGUUCUUCUGAUCCGUCAAAAAGUACUUUUUUUCUUCCCCGUCAAAAAUAACUCGGAAUAACAGAUGUGAUGUGAACCCGGCCUAAGGCUAGGUUCACAUCUCCAUUUCGUUUUCCAUUCUUCUGAUCCGUCAGAAGAACGGAAAACAGACAGAGAAAAAAAAAUGGAUCCUUUAUUUCGAGCAUCCAUUAUGCUAAUUUUGAAUCCGUUUUAGCCGUUUUACGUCAGAGAGCCGUAAUUUUGGACGGGAGAAAAAGUCCUUCACCAAGUACUUUUACUUCCAUCUAAAAUAACAGAUCUCAGGCGGAAAUUGUUAAAACAGAUGCUAAAUGAACAUAGUGGAUGCUCAAAAUAAAGGAUCAUUUUUUAGUUUCUUUGUUCUUCUGACGGAUCAGAAGAGAAGAAAAGCUGAACGUGAUGUAAACCCGGCCUUACCUGUUAAAUUCCCUCGCCACUCCAAUAUUGCCUUGUUGAAGCCUGCUGCAGUCUACUAGGCUGUAGUAAAGACCUUACAUGUGACGGUCACUGGAGCGGCAGGGAAUUUGACCGAUAAAUAAUGGUACUUUUAUUAUUUUUAUGAUGCAAUUUUCACCCCUUGGACCAUAUUUCUGUUGAUCCCGGACAACCCUUUAGUGAAACCAUCUUAAAUUAGAUUUGUAAAAAAGACAUCUAUAUGUAAGAUAGUUAUACAAAAUUCUUAUUGGAAAAAUAUAAUUUUAUAGAGUUUUGUUUUUUUGUUUUGUGAAACACCAUUUCAAUAUCUGAAAGGGCAGUUUAUAUAAAUAUAUAUAUAUAUAUAUAAUUGGAGUAGAUCCUUUGAAACUAUUCAGAACCUAUUAGGACAUAUGGACAUCAUAAAGUGGGCCAUGCCCCUUGCUUGGAACCCCCAAAGCUGACUUUCUCUGCUGGAACAGCCUGCCGGAAGAAUUUACCCUUAGUGUGAAUCUAGGCUAAGAAUGGCUCCUCCAGUGAUGGAAUUGGCCCAUUCAUGUAUUGCAUGGUUGGCCAAUCAUUUGAAUGUAAUACUAUGAUGGAUGCAGGGAAGUGUAUAGAGGAACAAAACCGAUCUAGUUGAUUACAACUGAGGUCCUCAGUUCCAGAGAAGCAGUAUUCUUCAUGAUAUAACCCCUUUUGAAUAUUGAAAAUUCACCUAAUUUUUGUGAGAUAUUUAAUAAUUUUAUCAGAUUAUGGAACCCAGUGAAGGUUCUACGUAACUUUAAUAUCGUUUAGCAAAUCAUAGUAUUUUUCUAACAUAUUAAGCAGGGUCAUCAAGAGUCUUGUCAAAAUUUCUAUAAUGUCUGUUUUCUCAUUUAACAUGAUGUCCUCCAUGCUGGAAAAUGAAUGCUGAAUUGCCAGGCUGUGAAAAUGUAUUCUUGCCAACCUCACUAUAUAAGAUUUAUUAUUAUUUUUUGUACAGUAUCUGCUGCUGUUUAAGGGUAUGGGGACCUUCUUCUGGUCAAAUUAUUUGUAAAUGCAUGGGCCUGCAAAUUAUUUUUUUUUCUUCAAAGAAUUAUUAGUGUUGUGUUUAUAGGUUGAUUAUGUGCACUAAAAUCUAUUCCCCCCCCCCC